AUGGAGGAUUCGAAACCACAACGGCAGCGGAAGAAAAACUACCGAAAGAGAAGCGCUCCAACAGAAGAAGAUCAACUUACUCAAUCUCAGAACAACAAUGAAUCCGACGACGAACGAGAAAGAAGAAUGGCAUUGGAGGAAAUCAAGCUUCUCCAGAAGCAGCGGGAAAGGAAAUCGGGAAUUCCAGCAAACCCUAGCUUGCAAGCACAGAGUAUAACCGGCGGCGGUUUGGCUGCUAAAGCCGCCGAAAAGAACGACGGUGAUGGCGGCGACAAGGACGAGUUCGUUCUUCAAGAUACCUUCGCUCAAGAGACCGCUGUUAUGGUUGAAGACCCCAAUAUGGUGAAAUAUGUUGAGCACGAGUUAGCGAAGAAGAGGGGAAGGAAAGUUGAUGCUGCAGAUCAAGUUGAGAAUGAGCUGAAACGUGCAGAAGAUGAACUUUAUAAGAUUCCUGAGCAUCUUAAAGUAAAAAGGCGAAAUUCAGAAGAAAGCUCUACUCAGUGGACUACUGGUAUUGCUGAGGUUCAGCUUCCAAUCGAAUAUAAACUAAAAAAUAUUGAAGAGACAGAGGCUGCCAAAAAGCUUCUACAAGAAAAGAGGCUUAUGGGUCGGACAAAAUCAGAUUUCAGCAUUCCAUCGAGUUAUAGUGCUGAUUAUUUCCAGCGUGGCAGGGAUUAUGCUGAAAAACUUAGAAGAGAACAUCCAGAGUUGUACAAAGAUAGAAGUUUACAGGAUGAUAGUUCUGGGUCCAAACAAAAUGAUUCGAGCACUGAUGCCACUGGAGCGGUACAGAGGCAGGCUGCAACAGAUGAAUUCAUGUUAGAGCGCUUCAGGAAAAGAGAACGUCACCGUGUAAUGCGAAGAUGA